AUGCCUCUGGCUGCGAUGAUUGAUACUGAAGUUGAGCUCAGCGGGCUGUCGAGGAAUCUUCCAGAUACGAAACCGCGUACUUCAAAGUGUCGUCAGAGGGUUUUAAUUGUAGAAGAUGAUGAUAAGCUUGAGAUGGGUCCUGUCUGUUGUCUUCCCUUGGUGGACGGCGGCCACCAUGACGGAGCCUCGGGCGAAAAGUCUGAAAGCGGCAAGUUGAACUCAACGUCUACGGAAUCGUCAAGAUCUGUACCCGUGAGGAGCAGAAAGGAUACACCUCCGCAAGGCCAUCGACUGCAUAGGCGCGGAAGAUUCGUGAAAAUCGAGAUAAUAACCGAUGAUGAGGAUAUCACGACUGAUCCGGGGAAUGAGGAAAAACAGAAGUGA